UCCCGGAAGUGCCCCUGCUCCAGUUUUGGCGCCGGACCUGGGACACAAGGUCCGAAGGACGUGCUGCUCUGUGGGUUCCUGGACCCCUAGGUGGGACAUUUUCACCUCAGCUUCGUGGCUGACAGAGAGACUUUCCUCUGAGAGCUGGACGAGAGGUUUUCUUGCCCCCAUUUCCGGGACCCCAGCAGCGCCUGCUGCAGAGGAAAACAGGUUUGUUUCCAGUUUCUCCAGCAGAUGGUGCUGUACAGUGACUUGAUUGUCCUCAGAAGGUGUUUUUGAGGCUGUUUCUGACCAGAUGAGGCUGAAUUAUCUCUUGGAGCCCACCUGUAUCUCACUCCGUGGGACUGAAUUAUCUGUUGAAGCCUGGCCAAGUCCAUGUCGCAUUGGAUGCUUACUGCUCAGACUGUCUGAGAGUGAAAAACCAGAGGAAGACUGUUGAUGGCAGAACGUUGACAAUGCAAACAAUGGAAUCAGUGACCUUCAAUGAUGUAGCUAUAGACUUUGAUGCUGAAGAGUGGGCCUUGAUGGACACAAGACAGAGAAGCCUGUUCAGAGAUGUUAUGCUGGAGAGUAUCCAUCAUCUGGUGUCAGUGGCACUGGAUGCUUACUGCUCAGACUGUCUGAGAGUGAAAAACCAGAAGAAGAUUGUUGAUGGCAGAACUUUGACAGUGCAAACAAUGGAAUCAGUGACUUUCAAUGAUGUAGCUAUAGACUUUGAUGCAGAAGAGUGGGCCUUGAUGGACACAAGACAGAGAAACCUGUUCAGAGAUGUUAUGCUGGAGAGUAUCCAUCAUCUGGUGUCAUUGGGGUAUCAACUCUGCAAAUCAGAAGUGGUUUUGCUGUUGGAACAAGGAGAGGAACUGUGGAGAGAAGGAUUAGGAUUUCUCCAAGGACAGAGUACAAGCAGACAAAAUGACCAUAGGAAAGAAGAAAUGAUAAUUAUGCCACAUAUCUGCAAUAAGGACAAAUAUACCACCAAGUCAAAGCAGCAGGUUUCUAACAUUGGAGGGGAUCCCUUUGGAAGUAUUGAUUUGGGAGAAGAUUUAAUUCACUCAACAUUGGCUGACAUGGAAACAAAGCCCUAUGUAAAUGAACAAUUUCAAAAAGCUAUCAAUUACCAGUCAAUCUUUAGUAGACAUAAGCAAAUUCAGACAGGAAAUAAUUCAUAUGACUGUCAUCUAUGUGGAAAAGCCUUCAGAAAUAUUUCUGUCCUUAGACAUCAUGAGAGAACUUGCACUGGAGAGAAACGAUAUGUCUGCCAUCUGUGUGGGAAAUCCUUCAGUCGAUGUUGUAACCUUAAGGAACAUGAGAGAAGUCACACUGGGGAGAAAGCAUGUGUCUGCUAUCGAUGUGGCAAAAUCUUUACUGAUAGGUCUAAGCUCAGAAAACAUAUGAGAACUCACAAUGGGGAGAAAGCAUGUGUCUGCCAUCAAUGUGGCAAAAUAUUUACUGAUAGGUCUAAGCUCAGAAGACAUGUGAGAACUCACAAUGGGGAGAAACCACACAUUUGCCAUCUAUGUGGAAAAUCCUAUAAACAUCGUUUUAACCUGAGGCUACAUGAGAAAUCUCACACAGGAGAGAGACCAUAUGUCUGCCAUCUAUGUGGGAAAGACUUUGCUCGUAAAUCUGCCCUCAAACCACAUAUGAGAAUUCACACAGGGGAGAAACCAUAUGUCUGCCAUCUAUGUGGGAAAUCUUUCAAUUAUUGGAAUAGCCUUAGGGAUCAUAAGAGAACUCACACUGGGGAGAAACCAUAUGUCUGCAACACAUGUGGGAAAUCCUUCCGUUAUUCUGCUAGCAUUAGUUACCAUAAGAGAACUCACACUGGGGAGACACCAUAUGCCUGCCAUCUAUGUGGGAAAUCCUUCAGUCAGCGUGGGCACCUUAGGGGACAUGAGAGAACUCACACUGGGGAGAAACCAUAUGUCUGCAACACAUGUGGGAAAUCCUUCCGUUCUUCUGCUAGCAUUAGUUACCAUAAGAGAACUCACACUGGGGAGACACCAUAUGCCUGCCAUCUAUGUGGGAAAUCCUUCAGUCAACGUGGGCACCUUAGGGGACAUGAGAGAACUCACACUGGGGAGAAACCAUGUGUAUGCCAUGUGGGUGGGAAAUGCUUCACUCAUCAUACUGCUCUCCCACAACGUGAGAAUUCACAUUAGGGAGAAACCAUAUUUAUGCAUCUAUGUGGGAAACGCUUCACUCAUCGUACUGCUCUCCCACAACAUAUGACAAUUCACACUGGGGAGAAACCAUACAUCUGCCAUCUAUGUGGGAAAUCCUUCAAAACUUGUGGACACCUUAGGAAUCAUGAGAGAACUCACACUGGGGAGAAACCAUACAUCUGCAAUAUAUGUGGGAAAUCCUUCAGUAAAUGUGGUCAACUUAGGCAACAUGGAAGAACUCACAGUAGGGAGAAACCAAAUGUCUGCCAUUUAUGAGAUAAUCUUUCAGUCAACAUGGUACCCCUUAGGCAACUUGGGAGAACUCACACUGGGAAGAAACCGUGUUUUGGCUUUUUAUGUGGGGAAAUCUUCACUGAUAGAGUGACACUCAGACAACACAAGAUAAUUAACACUGGGGAGAUAACAUGUCUGCCCUUUAUGUGGGAAAAAAUUUAGACAUAAUUCUACCAUUAGGAACAUCAUAGAUCUCAUUAACUAUGUUGUGCAUAUGGGAGAGUUUUCAGACAGAGCUACCAGCUGUAAAAAGUAAAAAGAAGAAAAAAACCCACACAGGAGUUUAAAUCCCCCUCAAUGUAAUCAAUGUCUAGAUGCCUUAAUUUACAAUCUAUCCUUAAAUAACAUGAUUGCACUAUCCUGGGAGGAACACUAUGUAAUUACAUAUAGUAGAUUUCAGCUGAGCUCCAGCCUUGUACACAAGAACAGCUCAGAGUAGGAAUAACUCCAAAACAAGAAAACUGGAUAAGAAAGAUGUUAUCACUGGGAGAAAACUCUAGGAGAACUCUAGGAGAUAAUUAUUGAUGGAAGAAUAAUUCAAAGAUGAAAUUUGUGAAAUCCUUUGCUUACACAGCAAUGUGUGGAAUAUAUGUGAAGUUUGACUUUUUAUAAAAUAUUCUCUAUAUGUGUAUAGAAAAUGAAGAAAAGUCUUUGGUGGCUUUGAACUGAUUCAUCAGUGUUUAAUUUCCCAUAUGGAGGAAAUGUCAACCCUAAAAUAAAAUCACAAAGUGUUCAGCCAGAGUUCACAUCAGGAAUAUCAGACAGGCAAAAACAUCUAACAAGAAUGCUUUACAACACAAUUCAAUCAUGACUUCAGAGUUUUGCCUGAAAAAUGUUAAAACUUACAUUGUGAAGUCAUCUGUGAGUGCUGAAUGCAGUAUUUUUCAGUGAGUUUUAGGGAAGGAAAUCAAAGUUUUAUCAAUACACUUGCAAACAAUUAUGAAGUAAAAGCUGUAGAUGAAAAUUCUGUAAUGUUCAGCUUCUAUUUUUUCACACAACUCUAAACAUAAAUAUGAUGACUGUUAAACCAGAGAACUUUGAGUGUUAACUGAAGAAUGUACAGACCAAGAUUAUGUGUCAUAAAUAUUAUAUACUUUUGACAGAUAUGCAUACAGCAAUAAUGAAUAGAAUAUAAAUUAACAGAUUAUGGGAUUAAUGUCUCAUGAUAGAGAAAUUUUCCUUUACACUGUCACUAUUGGUAUACCUUAAAUUGAAUUAAAAUUAACUGUUAAAGGAAUUACAUGGUUGUAAUUCAUGGAGUAUUGGGAAGCCUGGGGAUGGGAAAUCUCCCAAUAUUGACAGGCAUUGGAGUCAUUCCCUCCAUUAAAAAUGGGUUAUGGGGGAUCAAAGAUGGCAGAGAGGUAGACAUAGAGCAAAUUUCUCCUCCAUGAAAAAUACUAGAUAAAAGACAGAAGGUGCCCAGAGUAGCAGUUUCAGGGUUCCAACUGCUUGGCAAAGACUUCUAAAUCCAUAGUGACUGAGAAAAUGAGGGACUGCAUUUGGAAAUAUGGGAGUGUUUGAGGCUUCUGGGGAAAUGGAGGCCUAAGACUUGCAGUGGGGAGAAGUGAGAGACAGUGAUUGGAGGCAGGUUAAUGUAAAAUCUGGAAAGCUGCUGGGGGUCCAGCAGAGAGAGCCACAGUGGAGCACAGUGGGGAGAUCCUUCCAUUCCCCAGACACCCAACUCCCUAUCUGGCAUGGGUGAUAGCCUUUGGCACAGCCAAAGCUAAGAGCUCCCGUGCCAGGGAAGAGCUGUGUAGCAGGCAGAGCUCCACAGAAGUGGGUUGUUUCUGCACGCUGUACAGAUAUCUGCAGCAGGCUAGGAGAUACCACUGCAGGACCACAGCCAAGAGUUUCAUGUGUGAUUUUGCUGGCUUGAGAUUGUGCACACUUCUCUGCAGAAGCCCAUGGAGUGCACAGGCUAGAUGCAGGGGUGCCACACAGAAGUGUCAGGAGCCCUACACCAAUCCCAGGGACUUGUGGACCCACCACAGAGAGGGAUUGUAUGAAAUCUGAGGUGAAGGUUUUGACGUGUUACAGCCCUAGUGCAUUCCAGCCACAGCCCCAGGUACGGCUGGGAGUACUGGGUCUUAAAGCCAUCUUUCCCCCCAAACUGCAGAGUUCACAACCCCCACCGAAAGGGUUGGUGGUCCCCACCGCACAAGGAAAAUUAGUGUACCAAUUGGACCUCCACAAGAUUUGCACCCCACUUGCAUAAACAAACUUUGGUAGGAUAGGCUUGAUGGUAAGAGGUAAUUUGGGUGUGCCAUCUGCUGUUAGGUCAGGGAUAGUGCACUCAACCAAGCUGUAGCUCCGGCAAGUUACAGAUAAUUGUUUACAUAAGCCUGCAUAUAUCAAAAGAACUCUUUCAAGUUAAGCAAAUGCCAAGAGGCCAAAGACAACCGAAAAUUUUAAACCAUAUGAAGGAACUGUAAGGUAUGAAUAACUCAAAUGCCUGAACUAAAAAACCAGAGGAGACACAGAAGUUGGAGCAAUUAAUCAGAGAUAAUCACAGACACCAGUGUCAUGGCUCAGGAUAUAUAGGGCAUCAAAAAACCCUAGAAGAGCAUAAAGCGAAUUUUCAAGAGUAAAUUUUAAAAGGAGGCUGUUAGGGAAAUUAAAAAAAUGAUUGAAUUAAAAAGAUUCUGGAAAACAGCAUCAGAUUUGUUGAAGAAGAGGAAUGAAUAAACACUUGAAAAAGUAUUCUGGAGAGUGAAAUCAGAAAAGAACAAAUGGAGAAAAAAAUGUAAAAUUUUAAAUAGAUAUCAGGGAUAUGAUAGUCAAAAUGAAUUGCACAAAUAUCAGAAUCAUAGGUGUUCCAGAAGGGGAAGAGAAGGGUAAAAUUCUAGGAAGGGUAUGCAAAGUCAAUGUUUGGAAAACUUCCCAGCUGUUCUAAAUGACAAAAAUAUGCAAAUCACAGAUGCCCAAUGAACUCCAAACUGAAUAAAUCCAAAUAAACCCACUCAGACAUUUUGAUCAGAUAUUCAUAUGCUGAAGAGAAGGAGGAAUUUCUUUAAGCAGAAAGAGAGAAGCAUUUCACCACAUAGAAGGGAAACAGCAUAAGACUAAUUGGUGCUUACACAGCAACCACCAUGGAGGUGAGAAAGCAGUGGCAUGACAUUUAAAAUUAUGAAAGAAAACUUGUCAACCAAUUAUUCUUUAUCCAGCCAAGCUCUCCUUCAAAUUUGAGGGAGAGCUUAAAAUCUUCACAGCCAAACAAAUGCUGAGAGUAUUUGCUGAGAAACCAGCCCUACAAGAAAUACUAAAGAGAGACCUUAAA